AUGGCGCUACAAUACCUGUCAGAGUUUUGCGCUCAUCAUGAAAUAUCCGGCCAAUGCUCGGCUGCUUUGGCCACCGCUUUACUCAUCCCGUACCAAGGACGCUUCGGCCGGCUUUCUCUCCCUAUGCCAUGUCUCGAGCAUCAUCCCAAACAGGCAUCCUCGGCCUCUAAGUUCAGCAUUCAGGAGCAGGCUCAGCUUCUCCCAUUCUACAUGUCCCUCAGCCUCAAUCCCCUCGGCAUGAGAGCCCUCAUGGUUGGCCCCUUUUACGAAGCAAGCGUGACUUGCAACCUUGUUGAUCCAUGGAUAGCAGGGGCUUUAGAGACGAUUGAUUCUAUCAUUCAAAGCGGCGACUAUCCUAAACUUGUCACUGUGAUGAUCAUACGGCAACCUAAGAUCGCACCAAUAUGGCUUGGUGCUGUCAUUCUAGGGAUCGAAACUCGAAUCCUUUCGCCGGUCCGCGCCGGCAUGUUUGCGGUUGAUAUGUUAUCUGCUGCAUGGUCCCUAACCUCUCAUUCGUUUAUUGGCCCGAAACAACAAAUUCCUUCCCACUCCGACUGUCAGAGAAUCAGUCGCGCUUAUGAGUGCCGAUUGCUCUACAUUGCACAACCUGGACGCGAUAGAGCGCCUCUAUGCCCAUGGAAGCCAUUUGGAAGCAUAGAUCCACAAGAGACGGAUCUGGAGGUUCGGCGACAUCUCUCUUGUCAUGGCAAGCACUGUCUACAAUAUGAGAGCUGGGUCUGGGACUUGCAGAAUGAUGGAAAAAGCGCGGCUGAUUAUGGCUACAUGUCCAACCAUGGACUGAUGGACUCCAAUGAGACAACGUGUGCUCUACUAGUCGACCCUCAAUGUCGGCAAGAGAGCUUCGAACUGGAAGUCAUGUCCCAAGUGGCCAGCCGCAGUGUAUUUGGCUGGCUGCGAAGAGAAGAUGGAUGUCCAAAGGAAGAAGUAGCCAUCUGGAAGCAUGACUGGUUUGACAUCAGCGAGUCAGACGACGAAGAAAUUGAUGGACCUGAUCAAAGUGACACACGAACAUUCAACCUGGAAGCUAUCUUGACUUGGCUCAAGGGUUUAUCGGGAACCCUCUAG